UGUGUAGCUAAGGUAGUAGGUACCUGAGUAUACUACGUGCAUGCGUGCAUAUAGGCUUGAAUAGUGCUGAUAGCUCUACCAUUUUGUUUGGCUCAGACUGUGAGCUCGGAGAUUCGAGAUGCUCGGUCUUUCUUGACAGCACCUAACCAACAACCAAGUAGCGUCACCCCCCCCCCUGAUGCGCCUAGUCACAGCAUGGCAACUAUAUCAAGAUUUGAGAUGAACAUCGGGAAAGAAAUGGCGUUGUUGUAUAUAAAGAUAGAUAGGUAGCCAUCGCUCUACUGCCUACCAAGCAAGUUUCUUUCCACCGUGAAAAGGUAAAAUUAUUUACCUGCUACCCCUUGUUAAAAGACUCUUUAAGAUAGCCUCGACUAUCACUCCCCACAAGCUCUUCACCAUGGGCGGCGAAACCCAACCCCUCAACAUCAUCAUAAUCGGCUCCGGCCUCGCCGGCCUCGCCGCCGCCCGAGUCCUACGAGAAAAACACCGCGUGACCGUGUACGAGCGUCACGAGCCCUCGACCGCGACCGGCGGGCAAGGUAUCGCGAACUUUCCCAACGCCAUCAAGAUCAUGCGGCAGCUCGGGUUCGACGCCGCACGAACGGGGUCGGUCCCGAUCCAGGGGUUCCGCACGCUGGACAAGCGCGCGAACCUCGUGUACGACAGCGAGUUCCCGUUCGAGGAGCGCUUCGGUGCCCCGGCGCUGUCGCACAUGCGCGUGGACUUUCGGACGGAGCUGCUGCGGCUGGCGACGGCGCCGUCGGGGGAGCUGGGGAUUGGGGGCGAGCCGGCGAGGGUGGUUUUUAGGAAUGGCGGGAGGGAUGUUGAUGCGGAGGCGGGGGAGGUCGUGCUGGAUGAUGGGACGAGGGAUAGGGCGGAUGUGGUGAUCGUGGCGGACGGCAUCCACUCGCGCCUGCGCCCCAGCAUCGCCGGCCCCGACUGUCCUACGCCCAAAAAGAGCGGUCUGACAUGCUGCCGCGUCGCCGUCUCCGCCCAGCAAGCCAUCUCCGCCCUAGGCCAUCUGCCCACAUGGUGGGAAGAGCAGAAACAAAGCGGCGAGCAGCGGAUCCUGGUGUUCGAGGCACAAGACGGGUCUGACCGCAUCAUGGUCGUGUACGGGCUGCGCGACCUCAGCUACAUGAACAUGUCGUGCAUCUUUGCCACGAAGGAGGAGAGGGAGAGCACGACGAACUCCUGGUUUGCGGAGGGCGAUCGCCAGGAGAUGUUGGAUAUCUUUGCGGACUUCGACACUAGUUUAGUGUCGCUCCUUGGCGUGGCAACCGAAGUAAAGCUCUGGGAGCUCCAAGACCUCGAGCCCCUAGACACCUGGGUAGCCGGGCGCGCCAUCCUCAUCGGCGACGCGGCUCACGCGUUGACGCCGAUGCAGGGCCAGGGUGCCAAUCUGGGGAUCGAGGAUGCUGAAGCGUUUCGGCUCUUGAUGGAGCCCGGCGUGACCCGCGAUGAUGUGCCCGCGAUCCUCAAGCGGAUAGAGGCCGUCAGAAUGCCCCGUGCCACGGCUGUCCUCCACAACACGAGAGCGAUGAGCCGUGGUAUUAAAGGAGAGGAGAGAUAUCGGUGUAUGGAUGAAAAUUGCACAUAUGAUGGAAUCUCUGAGGCUAUCAAGGGCCGUUGAAUGUCUGCUGGGAAGAAAUAUUUCUCAUAGUCCCCUGUUCAGGGGUUGAAGAUUUAUGUCGCAUGUACUACCUUGGUAGGUACCUAGUACCGAGUAGGAGCCACGAAGAGAAGAUUCUGUCGAUUUUGUGUUGCUAUGUGGUGACAGUGUUAAUAUAUACUGCAAAAGAAGAUCGUUGAUACCUAUCCCGUCGUUAUUUAGCAGAAUGAUACGAAACUACCCUGAUGGUGUUGGCGCAC